AUGCGGAUCGCGGCGGCGCGGCUCGGGACUUCGCCGGAAACGGGCUACGAGGCACCGUUUGGCCCGCGCUAUAGCGCGUUCGAAAGCGGAGGCGAAGCCGCGUCGUUCUGGGGCUACGGCACGGUCGGAGCGGGGGUGCAUCGACGGCGGCGACCUCAACGGCGGAGGUCGGAGGUCGGGCACGGGUGGAGCGGUGCUAGGGGGUACGGCGAGCGGCGCGGAUCUGCUCUACGGGGCCCUUGGAGUCCCAGGAGCAUGGGGUCGAGCUCGCUUUCGAGCUCAGGGGACCGAGGCCGCGACGGCGAGGCGAACUGCAACGGCGAGCUCUCGGACGCGGUGGCGGGGCUAGCUCGGGGGCGCGGGCGAGCGAACGGCAAGGGAGAGGAGAAGCGGAAGCUCACCACCGUUGCUGAGAAGGCCCGGGGAAGACGCGCGGCUUCCGGAGUUGUUGGCGAGGCGGCGGUGGUAUGGCAUUUCAGGCGCGUUGUUCUAGAGGCACUGGAUGCUGAUCUGUUGCUAGAAAUGCAUUUUGUGGACCAAAUUGCUGAAUCUAAUCCAAAAAAUUACCAUGUCUGGCAUCACAAGAGAUGGCUUGCUGAGAAAAUAAGACCAGAUGCUGUAAAUAGUGAACAUGACUUCACAAGGAAGAUACUUGCUAUGGAUGCUAAAAACUACCAUGCUUGGUCCCAUAGGCAGUGGGUUAUUCAAGCAUUGGGUGGAUGGGAGAGUGAACUGCAGUACUGCAACCAGCUUCUUGAGGAAGAUGUCUUCAAUAACUCAGCUUGGAAUCAGAGAUACCUUGUGGUAACACGAUCACCAAUUCUUGGGGGCCUUGCGGCAAUGCGCGACUCAGAAGUAGAUUACACAGUUGAGGCCAUUAUGGUGAACCCUCAGAAUGAAAGCCCCUGGAGAUACCUCAGAGGUUUAUAUAAGGAUGAUAACAAUUUGCUGGUGGCUGAUAAUCGCAUUUCUGAUGCUUGCCUCAAGGUCCUGAAUAAGGAUUGGACAUGCGUAUUUGCUUUGAGCUUCCUGCUUGAUCUUCUUCGCAUGGGUUUGCAGCCUUCGGAUGAACUUAAAGGAACCAUCGAAGCAAUGGAGAACUCUGAUCCUGAAACGGGACAUGCUGAUAUUGCAGUAGCUGUCUGCUCAAUCCUGCAGAAAUGUGAUCCCCUGCGGAUAAACUACUGGUCAUGGUACCAGACCACUCUUUCUUCUUAGACAUCUGAAAAUUCAGCUGAAGACAGUUUUAGCAGCAUGAUGUAAACUCAAUCGAAGGGGUUGACGCAGUGUAUGAAAAACCUUUCCUGUGAUCUUGGUGCGGAGCAAAAUUUGUACUGAUUUUACUGGGAAAAAUCAAUCAAUGACAGCAUGCCCAACAAUGUCUUGUGUGAAUAUGUUACUGCCUGAUAUUCACAUGUUAGCAGAAUGAGAAUAACCAAUCAAACUCCAACGAGCAGAUUGUUACAGUAACGGCCACUGGUGGUGUGAAAAUCCUGAAAUCUGCUUCAGUCACUUUGCCUUGUUUACAGUUGAGUCUGUUGUUGUGAUCUGUACCUAAUGCAUGUACACAAUCAUCAAAUUAUUAGUUUUUGUACCAAUGAGUAUUCGAUGAAA